CUCAUUGGCCAUUUUCAAUCCCCUCUGGUCGAUUCUUUGUCGAUCCAUCGCCGAUUCUCAUCCGUUUCAUCAUCCGUUUCACCAUCCGCUUCGUUUGCUUCACCAUCCAUUUCGCCGUUUGCUUCAUCAGCUGUCCAUCGGCCGUCCAUCGGCCGUCGCUGCAUUUGCUGUGACCUGCGUCCGCCGUUUCGGCAUCGCACUCUCCCCGAGGACCCAUCGCCGUCGCUUCUGCCCGGGUGAACUUUCCCGUCCGGGCUUCGGUGGGAUUCCAGCGUCUUCUGCGGGAUUCGCCCGUGCCGAUCCACAAGCCCACAACGCUCUUCCCUCUCCCCAUCUGCUCUUCCGCCCGCGGCCAUGUUUGCCGUCUUUAGCAUUACUCUGCAUCGUCUGCGCCAGCGUCUCACGCCUCUCUGCACCUUCCUGGCCCAACGCCCGCCCCUGCCUGCCUCCUCGUCGACCAUGCCAAAGUUCCAAAGCGCCCGUUGUCGCCACGGGCCGUCUCCAACCUGCUCGGUCCACCAUCAAGGACAUCCAAUGCACCCGCCGCCCUCGCCGUGGGGCAUCCCGAAGCUGUCGCCAGCCGCAUCGUCGAGUGUUGAAGCCAAUGCUGGAGCAAGCAGUGUCCCGAAUACCGAGCAUGAGGGCGAGCCAAAGGCUGGAGCUGCCUUUGGAGCAAGCGUAGGACACCAUUGUGUCCAGCACACCCUCGAACAGGACAUCGAACAGGACAUCGAACUGGACAUCGAACUGGACAUCGAGCCGGAUGCCGAGCAGGAUGCCGAGCUGGAUGCCGAGCAGGAUAUCGAACACGAUGCCAGACACCAUUUCGAAGCCAGCGCCGGUCCGGACCACGACUUUUUCUUCGUCUCGCCACAGCCCUCCUCGGCAGCCCAGAUGAUACCGCCGCAGCGCCGUUGCGAUACCGUCGCUUCGUCGCAUCCUUUUGAUAUCACAGAUCCCUCGCACCGUCCGGCCGGCUGUCUGUUACCGAGCCCUACCUCCCCGUCGCCGACUCCUGCUUGCGCCUUCCCGUAUCCAAUGUCAAGUCUUUCUUCCACACCCUCACUGCCGCCCUUGGCCGUCACCGCACCUUUCGUUCCCCUCUCGGCUCCUCCUCACAACCUCGUCUCGCCGUCGCUGGCGCCGGAAGCACACGACUUUUCAGAUGCUGCAACACUACCCAGCAGCCUACAUUGCAAUUCUUUGGCUGAGAACCACCGGCCCCAGCCACCGUCAUCGCUGUCGCCGCCGUCGCCCGGGCGAGAGCGAUCCGUGUCGCCGUUGCCGUCCUUCGGGUCGCCGUCAACGGAGCCAUUGCGUCCGCUCCGGUCCUGUCUCAAAACUGUCCCGCGCUCAACCUCCCGUCCGGUCCUCUCCACUCCUUGGGGGACGCUUCUGUCGGGUUCGCCCGCAUCCAUGCCCAUCGACCACGAUUUUACACUGAUCGACCCAUCCGAGUACCUCGACGAGGCUCCAGACCCAGCCCCACAGCAGCUUCCAGAGGACCCUUGGUCGCCAAGGGUGUCGUUCGGCUCAACCGUUUGUGUGGCCCACUUCCAUCCGCUCAAGGAUCGGCCGCGCGAGAUCCUGAACGAAGAGUAUUGGGAGUGUCGGCCGCUCUCUAGUCCCAGCGACUCGUCCACGCCGGCCGGCGUCAUCCGCCGCUCCAGCUUUUCCCUUGAGAGCCAGCUCGCUGCUCCGAGCAAACGGGCGAUUGUGCUGACGUACUAGUCGCGGGCCUGUAUUCGCCAAGAACAGCAUUCUCCCUCGUUUGGUUAUUAUGAUUAUUUGCUUGUGCUUCUCCGCAUGCCUCUAUCUCCUGCAUUAUGUUCAAGUCGAUUCGUCUGUCGGCAGCCUCUUUACGGGUUGGCCGGUAGCUGCUGCCUGCAAAGCGCACGCUCCUCCAGUCCAUGCUCCUCCAACUCAUGUUUUUCCUACCCAUGCCCCUCCUCGUUCCCCUUGGUGCUCUCUGAAACAAACGGGAUGCACGUCCCGCCUCGCUACAGCCUCCUUCAAGAAUACAUUGCACGUAUUUGAGUGACGCUUAUCUGCCAAGGAGACGAGGACUUGCUGGACUCAUUUUGCCAGCGAGGAUUUCAUACGAUGGUCGUG